CUGCCCACCUAUUGCUUCUGAUGAGUUGGACAUCUUCAAUUUCCUAAAAAAUGAGAGAGAUAGCUUGGGUAUGCCCAUAAUCUACCAGCAGGAUAUAAGGGUACUAAAAGCAGAGAGGCUUUCCAACACUGAGAAACAUCUUUUCCUUGAGAGCUUGAGUUCUUGCACCCAGUCUCCUCAUGUGCUUAGCUUUGAUGAUAUAUUCAGAUGUGAUGAAGCUUAAAAAGAUGGUUAUACAGUGGCUAUGCGUGGUAUGGAGUUCUGCUUUAAGUCCAUUGCUGCUAUCACUGAAGGCUUAGCAUCUUUGUUUGGUCAACCAUCUGUAGGUGCCAAUCUUUACUUGACACCACGCAAUUCUCAGGGGUUGGCACGGCACUAUGAUGAUCAUUGUGUUCUUGUGUGUCAGCUUAUGGGAAUGAAACAGUGGACAAUUUCCUCUCCAAGGAAUAAGCUUUUACCUCGUUUAUAUGAACCUCUUGAUGGCUCCCAAGGUUCAAAUGUUGAUGCUGUACCAAAUGCAUGCAUGCAAAUUCUGCUGAAGGAAGGAGAUAUAUUGUACAUUCCCAGAGGUUACGUUCAUGAGGCUCAUACUACUAAUGAUGUACAAAAAGAUUCUGCCGGUCUUUCCUUACACCUAACACUUGCCAUUGAGGUUGAAGCUCCAUUUGAGUGGGAGGGAUUUAUUCACGUUGCUUUGCAUCAUUGGUCUCAGAACUUGAAGCAACAUAUAUCUUCUGAUUUGAUGACUGGGACUCCAUACACAGCUUGCAUUAGGCUUUUGCACUUUAUGAUCAUGUUACUUGGUGAUGCUGAUCCAAUGUUUCGCAAAGCUUGCUUGGUCAAUUCAAUAUGUUUUUCUAGGGACACCAACCACGGGCUUUAUAAAAGCCAGGUUGCCAUUUUCAGAGAUCUAAUUGAUAAGAUUAACAAGUCAUCUAAGUUCAUGGAGACACUGCAGAGUAUGGAGAGGUCAAUUCAGAAGGAGGAAGAUCCAUUUAGGAGAAUAAGAUGGCUUGAAAGUUUCAACCCCAAAGAAGAAGAAGCCGAUGAAAGGUAUAAGUAUUAUGUAUGUGAUGUGGAUGCAGAGCACUUAUUUGGUUUACAUCCUGAGGAAAAGGAAACGCUAGAAGCAGCAUUUUUAACGGUGAAAUCUGAGUUCUGUAAGCAAGUGUUGUUGGAGGAUGUACUUCCUAUGUACAGGUUGCUGCUGGAGAAGUACAGGAUAGUGAGGAAGCAAUAUUUAAAUGGAAUGCUUUCGCUGCACCAUGACUUGGAUUAGAUUGAAAGUUUUGUUUUGAUCUCUCGGCCCAAUCAUGAAUGACCUUUUAACCUUUUUCUAAGUCUCAUCUCGCUCUAACCCUUUCCUUUCAAAAGUUUCAGUUUACGUCCUGAAACUUUCCAAAUGUUACAUGUCACUUCACCUUGGUCGUUCACCUGCGUUUGCCUCACAAUAGCAUGAACCAUCAUACCAUCUAGCGACUCACCUUACUUGAAUGGGAUAAAUGUUCUGUAGGCUCAUAUACAUGUGUCCUUGACUCCUAAGUCUAGAAUCCAGAUCCUUAAAGUAAGCCUGUCUUUUAAUCACCUUUUUUCCCUUCAUACUGUAUUUCCCUUAUGGCAUAGAUUGGAGAUUAAAGGAUUUGGAGGAGAAAUGAUUUCGGAUGAGGUUUGGUUUUUCUUUUUUAUACAAAACUUUGAUAAUUAUGUAAUCUGAUGUAAUUACAUGCAUUUUUGUUUCUUC